CUCUCGUACCCCCCACACCCACGCAAUAUAACCACCCUACCAUUAAUCACACUCUUCAUCCUUAACGAAUUCUCUACAAUUUAACAAACAAACCAAAAAGCUUCCAAAAAAAUGGCUGAUGAAGCUAAGGCGAAAGGCAACGCAGCAUUCGCCGCUGGCAAUUUCAGCGAGGCAAUCAAUCACUUCACUGAAGCAAUACAUCUCUCUCCAACAAAUCACGUACUCUAUUCCAACCGAUCGGCGGCUUACGCUUCGGUGAACAAAUUCACCGAAGCAUUAGCCGACGCCGAGAAAACCGUAGAGUUGAAGCCGGAUUGGUCUAAAGGUUAUUCUCGGCUCGGCGCUGCUUAUUUAGGUUUAAAGCUAUAUAAUGACGCUGUUUUGGCGUAUAAGAAGGGAUUAGAAAUUGAUCCUAAUAAUGAGAUGUUAAAGAGUGGACUUAAUGAUGCUCAAUCGGCUCAAAGCCGAUCUAAAGCUAGCCCGUUUGGUGAUGCAUUUUCCGGGCCGGAGAUGUGGGCUAAGUUGACAAGUGAUCCGAGUACUCGACCGUAUUUGCAACAACCGGAUUUUGUAAGAAUGAUGCAGGAUAUUCAGAAGAAUCCGAACAAUUUGAAUUUGUAUUUGAAGGAUCAAAGGGUAAUGCAAGCGUUUGGGGUUUUAUUAGGGGUGAAAUUGGAUACAAGGACGCCGGAGGAUGCUGCGGAGAUGCCAGGAGGUUCGCCGGAGAGGAAAAGGCCGGCGGAUAGUGAGCCCGUAAAGGAGGACAAACGGGCCGGGCACAAGUCUCAACCCGAACCACAGCCUGAGCCCGAGCCUAUGGAAGUGUCGGAGGAGGAGAAGGAGUUGAAGGAGAAGAAAGCGUUGGCACAGAAGGAGAAGGAGGCUGGUAAUGCGGCGUAUAAAAAGAAGGAUUUCGAGAAUGCAAUUCAGCAUUAUACUAAGGCAAUUGAGCUGGAUGACGCUGAUAUUUCUUUCCUCACUAACCGUGCUGCUGUGUACUUGGAGAUGGGAAAGUACGAGGAUUGCAUGAAAGAUUGUGACAAAGCUGUUGAAAGGGGAAGGGAGCUCAGGUCAGACUAUAAGAUGAUUGCAAGGGCUCUGACUCGAAAGGGUACUGCCCUGGUGAAGAUGGCAAAAACUUCAAAGGAUUAUGAACCUGCUAUUGAAACUUUCCAGAAAGCUCUUACUGAACACCGUAACCCUGAGACACUGAAAAAACUUAAUGAUGCUGAGAAGGCAAAGAAAGAAUUGGAGCAGCAAGAGUAUUUCGAUCCACAAAUAGCAGAUGAGGAGCGUGAGAAAGGUAACCAGUUCUUCAAAGAGCAGAAGUAUCCAGAGGCAGUUAAGCACUAUACAGAAUCGUUAAGGAGGAAUCCUAAAGAUCCAAGGACAUACAGCAACAGGGCUGCCUGCUACACAAAAUUAGGUGCAAUGCCAGAGGGUCUUAAAGAUGCAGAAAAGUGCAUUGAGCUUGACCCAACAUUUGCGAAGGGUUACACUAGAAAGGGUGCUGUUCAGUUCUUUAUGAAAGAGUACGAAAAAGCUUUGGAAACUUAUCAGGAGGGGUUGAAGCAUGAUGCCAAAAAUCAGGAACUACUAGAUGGUGUCAGGAGAUGUGUAGAACAAAUAAACAAGGCAUCACGUGGCGAUCUAACUCCAGAGGAGCUCAAAGAGAGACAGGCCAAGGCAAUGCAGGACCCAGAAAUUCAAAACAUCCUUGCAGAUCCAGUAAUGAGACAGGUACUAGAUGACUUCCAGGAGAACCCAAAAGCUGCACAGGAACACACGAAGAACCCCCUUGUCAUGAACAAAAUCCAGAAGUUGGUUCGUGCUGGAAUUGUUCAAGUCAAAUAAAUAGCUAGAUUAACAUUCUCCCAAAAAAGAAAAAAGGCAUCUACAAGUGAAGGGAAGCAUGAGUAUUAUCAUUGUUUGAUAUGGCUCUGUCUGUUGAAGGGAAAUAGCUCUUGAAACUGUUUUUCACUUGUUAUGAAUUGGAUGUGAUGUUGCACAUAGUCUUCUUUC